AUAACUUUUUAAAAGUUGUAGCAUCUAUGUUUGGUAAAUUAAGUUAAAAAUAGCUUUCAAUAAGCACAAGCAACAACAAGUGCAUUCGGUAAAUAGUUUUUAAAAUUUAAAAAUACUAUAAUAGACAUUAAUGUAAGAAUUAAAUUUGGAUAUUAAUUAAUGUAUGAGGUUAUACCAGACUUUUUAAUUUUGAUAAGUACAAACCCAUCUUUGAGAAGCUCCACCUUAGGUGCUUUCAAAAGCACCCUUACCUUUUGAAAGCUGCAAGCACAAGCACAUGGUCUUUUUUAUUUACCAAACGCAAAAUAAGAAGUUUGCGCUUUCCACAAGCAUAAGCACCCCUUCAAAAAGCUUUACCAAACCAACCCUAAGCCCUACAACAUUUUCUUGCACUAGAAUAGUGGAAGAACAUAGCCCCACUCUCCGUUGUUGAUCUAGUAGUGAAAUAAUGAAUUUGGAAAAAUUUUUAAGCUUCUUUCUGAUAAACAUAUUUCAUCUUAGAGCAAGUAUCAGGACUAAAUUUUCUGGUUCUGCUGAUCUGUCUUCAAUAAUGUUGUGGCUACUUUGUUGUCAUGUGGAGUUACAUUCUGGCACUUGGAAGGAUUGUGAUCUGACAUUGUAAACUUACCUAUUUCUCGCUGCGUUGUUGGUUGUACUGCUGGAUCUGUUGUCUAUUGGCAACAGCUCUAAUUAGUUUGAUGUAUCUUUGGGCAAAGUUAUCACUUAUGAUUGUGAUUUGAUUCUCACUUGUAGUGAUGCCCCUCUCUCUCUAGAAAAUUAUGGGAAAGGAACUGGAAAAAUGCUUUUACCAUUAGGAAUACAUUAAAGAAUUUAGUUUUUUUACAUGGACAAUGUAAAAGAGUUUUGCACUAUCAUCCAAUCAAAUGCUUGGGUUUGUAAAUCAUUUAGGUCAGUGGGUGUUUGUUAAGGACUUGGGUAUUAUGGGGUGCCCAAUGUGCCAUAUCAAGUAGUAUGAGACGUUUGAUGUUGUGUUUAAGGAGAGUGAUUCUUCUUCCUUAUCAUCUAUCUUUUAAAGUGUGGUUCUUUUGUUAGAUAUUUAACAAUGGUAUUAGAGCCAGGUUGUCGGUGGCUUGGAAAGGGCUCUUUAUAGGCUAGAUUAAGGUAAAUACUAAAACACUAAUGGUUGAUAGCCAAGUGGCUAUCCCGAGUCAGUGUCAAUAGAGUGAUCAGCGAAGCCACUGUGGAUGUCAACUCUCCAAGGGUAGUGUAUUGUUAGGAAUUUGAAUAUUAUGGGAUGCUUGGUUUUGUAGUUAGUUAAGGAGAGUAGUUCUUCUCCUUUAACAACUAGCUUCUAAGGUGUGGUUCUCCACUUUCCUAAGGUACCUCAACACUUUAGUUGAUGUGGCAAUGUAUGAUUGGGUGUUUAAUUGAAACUUUUUACAUCAAGAAUGCACAUAAUUAAAUCCUAUGUAUAAUUCAAGGAGUUAUUGGCACCUUUUCAAAUUCUUCUCCUCCUCCUCCUCCCCCCCUUCUAGGUAUAAUAUCUCAUUGAAUCUGGCCUAUAUUGGAAACUGAAGUUUUCAGAUAUUCCAGGCAAGCUUUAGUUGGAUUGAGUAUUAGCGCUGGAUGCUGAUGGUGGAUACAAUUUUGUAUUGUAGAGACAUUCAACACUUGCUUCAUAAGGUGAUGUUCUAGUAGUGGAAGGGGCUGGAGUCCAUAAUGGUUAUCCAUUGUUGAUUUGUUGUACAUACUGGCAAUCCAUAGGACUGGCAGAUGGCUAUGACAAAUUUAAAUGAAGAAGAAAAAGCCGAAGAUUAUCUGUUCAAGAUUGUUUUAGUUGGUGAUUCAGCUGUUGGGAAGUCCAAUUUACUUGCGAGAUUUGCCAGGGAUGAGUUUUAUCCUAAUUCAAAGUCAACUAUAGGAGUAGAAUUUCAAACUCAGAAGAUGAAUAUUAAUGGAAAGGAAGUUAAAGCACAGAUAUGGGAUACAGCUGGGCAAGAGAGGUUCAGAGCUGUUACAUCUGCAUAUUACAGGGGGGCAGUCGGAGCACUUCUGGUGUAUGACAUAAGCAGGCGCCAAACAUUCGAUAGCAUUGGCAGAUGGCUUAAUGAACUUCACACUCAUUCGGAUAUGAAUGUGGUUACAAUACUUGUUGGAAACAAGACAGAUCUUAAGGAUUCGAGGGAGGUGUCGACUGCAGAAGGAAAGGCCUUAGCCGAGGCACAAUGCUUGUUCUUCAUGGAGACGUCAGCACUUGAUUCAUCAAAUGUAGUGGCUGCUUUUGAAACAGUUGUGAAAGAGAUAUACAACAUAUUAAGUAGGAAGGUUAUGAUGUCUCACGAGCUCAAAAAACAGGAACCGGCCUCUCUUGAGAAUGGAAAAACUAUUGUUUUAACAGGAAUAGAAAUAGGAACAGGAGCAGCCAAGGCAAAAGCAAAACCAAAAGCAAAAGCAAAAGGAACUGGGACUGCAACUGGGACUGGGACUGCAACUGGGACUGCAACUGCAACUGAAACUGGAACUGGAGCUGGAAUGGGAACAGGAAAAGAAACAGAGACAGUAGAAGGGGAAGGGGAAGGAGAAGGGGAAGGGGAUGGGGAAGGGAAACCAGAAGCAGCAGCUGCAGAAGCAGCAGCACCGGCUAAAAAGGGUUGUUGUUCGACUGGUUGAGAUAGAAACGAUAUUGUGUUGGCUUUUAGAAACUCGGUUUUUGUUAUGAUUAUUCAUCCAAAUCCUCAAUGUCACUCAGAUGAAGAUUUAUCUUAUGAAUGUUCCCUGCAAGCGAAAGUAGAAAUUAUCAGUGCAUAAGAAUUGCAAGGAUGAAAAGAACAUUGCAACUCUUAACCUUUUAUAGGCACUCAGAAUCAGGGGGAGGGGGAGAGGGGACGGGGGGCGGGAAUUGUGUUAUCCAGGAGAUGGAUUACCUACUAAAUCCAAAUAUUCUUCCCUUUCCCCCCUAUGCAUAAAAAAAUGCACAUAAACUUACUCGGAUCUGUCUCUAAUUGUAUCAUUAUGAAUUUACCACAGCUUUUUCUCUA